AUGAAUAGUAAUUUCUCUGAAACAACUACAGAUUUGCUAAUUUAUAUGUCAUGCCUUGAUCCUGGGAGCUCAUUCUCUAGAUUUGAUGUACAGAAGUUACUGCGUGCUCAUUUUUAUGAGGAUGAUUUUUCUUGGAAUAAGCGUAUGUUGGUUGAACAAGAGCUUGAAACAUAUAUUGAUGACGUCAGAUCAGAUGAACAGUUUGAAGGCAUUUCAGAUUUGAGAGCUCUUGCAAAAAAAAUGAUUGAAACAAUGAAGAACCGUGUGUUUCCUUUUGUUUAUCGGAUGAUUGAGCUAGCCUUACUUCUUCCAGUUACUACUGCAAUCGUUGAAAGAGUGCUUUCGACAAUGAAUAUUGUCAAAACAGAUUUGCGAAACGGGAUUGGAGAUGAAUGGAUGAAUGACAAUUUGAUAGUCUAUAUCGAGAAAGAUGUUUUUAAUACUGUCGACAAUGAGCCAAUUUUACAGUGUUUUCAGAACAUGGAGUCUCGAAGAAUGCAAUUGGUACAUAUUCGUUAG